GUGUUCGUAACGCCCGAAUCGGCGGUGGGAGAAGCGUUUGCGACGUUUUUGAACCGGCUGCGAGCGACGCGGCAGCUGGACCGUAUCGUGAUCGACGAGUGUCACAUUGUGUUGAACUGUCGAUACACAUUCCGCAAGCAGAUGCAACAGCUCGGCAGGCUGGCAGCAGCCGAGACG